GACGAGUGUUUCGUUUUGAUGGGUUCAGGUGAAACUGGCUAACUGGGCCUUUAAAUUUCCCCGAUGCUCUUAGCCAGGCAGAGUGAUAGUGGUAAAGUGAUGUGGCGUCGAGGGUUUGCUUUCGUCCGCCAGAUAGCACCAGGGGAACUGGUUAGCGGCGAGUGGGUGGCAGAGGGAGAGAGAGUCACUGGUGUCCCUCCGUUUCUGUUCUUCACGCAGAGUUUACCCCUCAACCCGAAACCUUUCCUCAAUGGCCUCACGGGGAAGCCAGUGAUGGUGAAGCUCAAGUGGGGGAUGGAGUACAAGGGCUACCUGGUGUCGGUGGACGGCUACAUGAACAUGCAGCUUGCAAACACAGAAGAAUACAUAGACGGGGCGCUGUCUGGACACCUGGGUG